CUGGCUCCUCCCCUUCAUUCUAGCGCAGGUGUACCGGCUCCUCCCCUCCAGUCUUGCACAGGUGUAUCGGCUCCUCCCCUUCAGUCUAGCGCAGGUGUACUGGCUCCUCCCCUUCAGUCUAGCGCAGGUGUACCGGCUCCUCCCCUCCAGUCUUGUUCAGGUGUACCAGCUCCUCCUCUUCAGUCUUGCACAGGUGUACCAGCUCCUCCCCUCCAGUCUUGCACAGGUGUACCGGCUCCUCCCCUUCAGUCUUGCACAGGUGUAACGGCUCCUCCCCUUCAGUCUUGCACAGGUGUACCGGCUCCUCCCCUUUAGUCUUGCACAGGUGUACUGGCUCCUCCCCCUCAGACUUGCACAGGUGUACCAGCUCCUCCCCUUCAGUCUUGCACAGGUGUGCCAGCUCCUCCCCUUCAGUCUUGCACAGUUGAACCAGCUCCUCCCCUUCAGUCUUGCACAGGUGUACCGGCUCCUCCCCUUCAGUCUUGCACAGGUGUGCCAGCUCCUCCCCUUCAGUCUUGCAAAGAUGUACUGGCUCCUCC